UGAUUAUGUAGGUUACUUUGUCCUAUCAUUUUGUUACUUGAGGUAACCAAUUUAAAGAUGUAUUAUCUUAUUAUGCAUCAGACCCUUGCUGCCACACACAUGGAAGAUAAUGAACUCACAGAAAGCAUGCAAAAGCUACUUGUCGUUAUGCAGAGGCUAGACCAGAAAAUUGGUCCAAUGUUGGAUGAGGACGGAGAGCUUUUCAACAAAAGGUGGGGUUAUCUUUCGCGUGCAGGUCUGUGGGAUAAAAGCCACUUGAUGCGUCAAAUUGAGAAAUAUGCUGAUAUUUAUACCUCCAGAGUUUCAAACUUCCUCCACUAUACACCUUUCAUGUAUUUCCGUGCUCAAGAACAGAAUCUCGCCCAUGAUUCAUACACAUUUGACCAUCUACGGCGUGAUAAUUAACAGGAGUGGCGAAGUCUCAUUGUAGCUCUAUGGCUAGUUCUCAUUGUUGUAUAUUAGAUGCUAAAUUUGUCAUCGGCUCUCCUCCACCCUUGUACUCCAACCCCACACCUGCUUCAACUUGCUGUUGCAGGAAUCCAGUAUCAGCUAUCGAAUGGCAUAGCUAUGUAAUUGUACAAGUGAACAACUGAGACAGUCAUAAUAAUCACUAGAAAAACCUAAUUCAUCAAAGCCGUCUUGCCAGUUCAUCAUAUUGACUUAUGUUUUAGUGAAAUGUAGUUUUCUCUUUGACGUUCUCACUGCAUCUGUGUUUACUACUCAGAAGACUUUUUUGGAUUUGAGAACUUGCCAGAUUCUAUUUUAAUAAUAUCAAUGUCGACAUUGUUGGUU